GUUAACAGAAGAAAGAUUCUUCUCUCCAAAGCGUUGGGAAGAUAAAACGUGAAAUUAGAAAUGUAAAACGUCUCAUGAGUAGAGUUGAGAGUUUACCGCCGACUGUGGUUCAAGAAAACGAGAGAAGGCUUGAAAUGUUGCAAAAUAAAUUGGUCAACACCCAGCAGUCAAAGAUUUCUGACAAAUACAAAAUGGUGCGAUUCUUCGAGAAGAGGAAAUUAUUCCGAAAACUAAAGAGCGCCCGUAAUGUUCACGGAGACGAGAGUCCUCAAGUCCAGAAAAUUCGAGAUCAGAUCAAUUAUAUAGUGUUCUUCCCGCUGGGUGAAAAGUACAUAUCUUUACUUCCCAAAGAACCGUACACAGACGAUAAAGUUAUCGCCAGACAGGAGGAGAUUCUUCAGUCCAUCGCAGGGAAAGUGUUGAUUAAAGAUCUGGAAGACGCGUCUCAAGCGUCUUGGAGUAAAGAUAAAAACGUGCCCCUCUCUAGAAUAAAAUCACUUCAGGCGCCAGAUCUUAAUCUAAAAGAGAGACGAAUUCACAGCAAGCCAGCCCCAGUUCCCUCUUCCACAGACGACUUCUUCAUCAUUGACCGAGGUUAACAACAGUGCCGUUUCCAUUUCCGUGCUGAUGCCUGAUUAGGAACAGACAGUCUUUACAAGCGAUUCAGACAGUUUCUCUGAUAAUUUUUUAUUG